AUGAAUGCGACUUCCCCCCAAACAAGGAAUGGAGGCCAGAAUGGAUGUAAGCGUUCCUGUCGCACCCAGGUGGUCUUCGAGAGAGCGGCUCUUCCCACGCCGCGGGUUGUCGCCCGCUCUUCGCAGCGCGCACACCACUGUCUCGCCCUUUCCAUCGAAGUUCUCCUCGCCGUCGCAGCCCUGAUUCAGGUGUUUGCGUUAGUAGAGCAGAGAAAACUUAAGAGCAUGCAGCUCUCGACCUCUGGGUGCGAGACGAAGGAGGCGACCGCUGGAAGGAUCGCAGCAAAACAGCGACAACGGCAAGCAUCGCUGAGAGCGCGGCUGCGACGAGCACCGUUCCUUCUGCCUCGCAGUGACCUAGCGCAGCUGCUGUGCCGAGUCCGUCGCCUCGCGAUCUCCACACGCGAGGUCCACGAGGCCGGAGAGAGGGAAAUCUGUUUGACUCUGGGGAAAAAUUGCAAAAACCUCGCCAAUGCACGCCGGGCUCCUGGUUUCAGGGACUCUCUUUCUCUCCCCGGUGUGGCGGCACCCGCCAGCGGCCUUCUCCCACGCGGCAGCGAACGCGCGCUUCGUACGCUGUUCGGCGCAACCGAUCCAGAUGCGCAGGCAGCAGAGGCCGCCGCAGAGGCCGCCGCAGAGGCCGCCGCAGAGGCCGCCGCAGAGGCCUGCCCCUGGAGGAGUGCGAAAGCGUGA